AUCUCUAUCAGGCCUAUAUUCCUCUCCAUUGUCUCCAAACCCUCCACCUCUGACCUUUCACCUGUCCCUCAGAUCGAGUGUUGUGUCCUGGAGUCCAUCCCGGAGUCCAUCCCGGAGUCAUCAAGGUCGUCCAGAGACGAGACCCGGUCGUCAUCGAGAGAUGAGAAUGAUACUCUCUGCUCAGCCGGGAUGCUAGCCUCCUCCUCACAGCAGGCGCACGCUAACAGCUACGGCUCACAGCAGAGGAACAGCCAACCGUGCUACACACUAAAGGACGAGAAAUCGCUGCGUCAUUGCUUCGGCAGCAACAUGGAGGACGGCGAUAAGCUCCUGGCCCCGCCCCCUUCUUUCGGCAGCCAUUUUGAGAGGACAAUCACUGUUGUCAGGGGCAACCGUAGCCUUGGUAUGACAGUGAGUGCUAUAAAGGACGGCUCAGGGAUGUUGAUCCGGUCAGUGGUCCAUGGAGGGUCUAUCAGUCAGGAUGGGAGGCUGGGGGUAGGAGACACUAUCCUGGCUAUUAACGGAGAACCCACCACCAACCUGACCAACGCUGUGGCCAGAGCCAUGCUGAGAAGACACUCUGUUAUAGGGCCAGACAUAAGUGUAACGUUCAUCCCCUCGUCUCUGGUAGAGGAGCACCGUGCCUCCAUGGCCCAGCAGCCUCUGUCAUCCAUUAUGGUGGACGGCCCCACACCCUGCCCCCUGACUCCCUCCCCUACCCCGCCUGGACGUCCAACCCCCUCCCCUACCCCGCCUGGACGUCCAACCCCUUCCCCUACUCCGCCUGGACAUCCAACCCCUUCCCCUACCCCGCCUGGACGUCCAACCCCUUCCCCUACCCCGCCUGGACGUCCAACCCCCUCCCCUACCCCGCCUGGACGUCCAACCCCUUCCCCUACCCCUCCUGGAGCCCCAGAUACAGCCUCAACAGGUCCAACUCCAGCUCCAGGUCCAGCUACAGCCCCAAGGCCUCAAGGAUCACCUCCACCCAAACCUGUAGUAUCAGUUACAAGUCCAGAUCCAGUCUCAACCCCAACCAAAGGCCCACCCAGACCCCCACCCCCAGACAAGAGCCUACUCCCUAAACACCCACCCGUACCUCCGAAGGAGAGGAGAGGUGUUAGUGUGGAUGGCGUGAGAGAGGAGGGGAAGAGAGAGGAGGAGGAGGUGAGAGAGGAAGAAGGGAGAGAGGAGGAUGAGAUGUUGCUUUAUCCUACUAACCUCAGUUGGGGUCAGCCUAGAAGAAUCCAGUUGAUGCGUUCUUCAGGCCAGUCUCUGGGCAUCAGUAUCAUGGGAGGUAGAGGGAUGGGCAGCAGGCUGAGCAGUGGAGAGAUGAUGAGAGGAGUGUUCAUUAAACACAUUACACCAGACAGCCCUGCUGGACACAACGGCACCCUGAAGACUGGAGACAGGAUACUGGAGGUAGGAGGCAUGGAUCUGAGAGAUGCCAGUCAUGAGCAGGCAGUGGAGGCCAUCCGUAGUGCUGGAGACCCUGUUGUCUUCCUGGUACAGACUGGACAACACAAAUCACAGUUGUCUCCUGUGCUCUCCAACCAUGAGAGGCAGGCCUCAGCAUCACACAUGGACUCGCUGAACAACAAGGUGCCAGAGAGUCACAGUGGGCUGUUCCUUAGUCUCUCCCCCGCCAACCCCUUCACCCCUACUCCCUUUAAGCCAACAGCCAAUAGGACGGCCAGGAGAAGACCCACAACUGUCUCUGCACCAAUCACACUGCAAGACACGGAAGACGAAUGCUGGAAGAAGAUGAUGUCCAGGUAUGGCAGUCUGCCAGGUGAGCUCCAUAUGAUAGAGCUGGAGAAGAGUCCCAGGGGAGUCACUAGCACUGAUGCCCGGGGCCAGGGUCUGGUUCCUGGUCUGGGUCUCUGCCUGACAGAGGACAGGGAUGGGUCCAGAGCCCACCUCGGUGUCUACGUGGCUGGGGUCGACCCCCAGGGGGCAGCGGGGCGAGACGGACGGAUACGGGUGGGGGACGAGCUACUGGAGAUCAACGGUCAGAUCCUGUACGGUCGUAGUCACCAGAACGCUACAGCCGUCCUCAACAGCGCUCCUUCUAAAGUCCAGAUCAUCCUCACCAGGAAUAAAGCCGCUCUGACGCAGACGGCUCAAGGACCCAUGGGAGGGGACUCGUCCUCUUCCUCCCUCUAUCCCUCCAUCUCUCUCUCCUCUUUUCUACAUCCCUCCAUCCCUGUCUCUUCCUCCCGUCCCCCCGUUCCUCCCCGCUCCUCCGUCGGCACUGCCAGGAACGCCUCCUCCUCCUCCAGCGGGCAAUCUGAUUGGCCAACGGGCCCUGACCUCCUGAGUUGUCCCAUAAUACCCGGAGUUGACAGCACCAUCGAGAUCUGUAAAGGACACUUGGGCCUGGGCCUCAGCAUCGUGGGGGGUUGUGACACGCUACUGGGGGCCAUAAUAAUCCAUGAGGUUAAUGAUGGAGGAGCAGCUCAGAGAGACGGGAGGCUGUGGGCUGGAGACCAGGUGCUAGAGGUGAAUGGUAUAGACCUGGGCCAGGCCACCCAUGAGGAGGCUAUAGGGGUGUUGAGGCUGACCCCUCAGAGGGUGCGUCUCACGGUGUUCAGACACCAGGAGUACAGGGAGGAGGACCUGUGGGACGUCUUCCAGCUGGAGCUCAGACCACAACCUGGACAGACCCUGGGGCUCAGCACUGUAGGGAAGAGCAACGACACAGGUGUGUUUGUGUCUGAGAUCAUUCGAGGGGGUGUGGCUGAUGGAGACGGUCGGCUGUUUCUAGGAGACCAGAUCCUGUCAGUCAACAGAGAGGAUGUCAGAACAGCUACACAGGAACACGUUACCUCACUGUUACAGAGCUGCAGUAGUGGAACAGUGAUCCUAGAGGUUGCUCGCUUCAAAGCCGGUGUUCACUACUCUUGUGGAAGCCAGAGUGGUGACUCCGGUGGUAGUGGCAGCUCCACCCUGACCCCCUCCGGUGUGUGUGAUGUCCAGGGUCACCACCAGGGGGAGACAGAGAGACGCCAGAGAGGAGAGGGCUACCCAUUUGAAGACUACCAUGAGAUAAGGACAGUGGUUAUACAUAAGGGUCCGUGUGACUCUCUGGGUCUGAGUGUAGCUGGUGGGGUUGGUUCUCCUCAUGGAGACGUACCUCUCUUCAUUGCUACUAUGGACCCUAUUGGACUGGCUGCCAGGACACACCAAAUCUAUGUAGGAGACUUUAUGGUGAGUAUUAACGAUGUCUCCACUGAGGGGAUGAGCCACAUCCAAGCUGGAGCUCUGCUGAAGACCAUCAGUGGUACCAUCACCCUACAGGUGCUGACUACAGGGUCGGUGGCUGAGGGCUGUGGAGGAGGACAGGGCCAGGGAGAUGUAGGUAUCCCCUCCACAGGACCAGCUACCCUAGACAACAACAUGAGUCCCCAGUUUUAUAGAACCAUCCGUCUGGACAGAGGAGCUCUGGGUCUAGGCUUCAGUAUAGUAGGAGGAUUCAGCAGUCCCCACGGAGACCUGCCCAUCUACGUCAAAACUGUCUUUGGAAAGGGAGCAGCGAUUGAAGAUGGCAGGCUGCAGCGUGGGGAUCAGAUCAUCGCUGUGAACGGUCACAGUCUGGAGGGGGUCACUCACGCCGGCGCCGUCGCCAUACUGAAGAACACCAAGGGAACUGUAGUCCUCACCGUACUCUCCUGAGUGUAGUCCUCACACAACCGUCUGUCGCCCUUUGAUGAUGUCAUCAGCAGACUACAUCAGGGUUGUGUUCAUUAGGCACGAAACAGAAGAAAACAGACUAAA